AUGAAAUCGGAAGAACUAAGUCGCUUGAAAAGUUACUUUCUAAAGAAUUCCCGUGUUAAGGAUUUCUCUGGUUAUGGGGGGAAAAUACAUACACUUGGGUGGAAUAGCAGUGGGUCAAGGUUAGCAUCUGGAUCAUCUGACAAGCUUGUAAAUAUAUACUCAUUAGAAUCCACAAGACUAACAAAAGUACAUAGUUUCCGAGGACAUAAUGAAAGUGUAGACCAACUUUGUUGGCACCCAUCAGAUAAUGAUGUUGUUGCAACUGUGGGUGCAGAUAGUGCUAUUCGUUUGUGGGACUGUCGGACCAAAAAAGACCCAAUCACAGCACAAUGUAAAGGAGAGAAUAUUAAUUUGGCAUGGUCACCGGAUGCACGUUAUAUCGCCGUUGGUAGCAAAACAGAUUUGGUUUCAUGGUUUGAUUUGCGUGCUGGAUUCAAAGUGGUACAGGCGGAACAGUUCACUUCAGAAAUUAAUGAAUUCGCCUGGAACCCUAGUGGGGAAGCGUUUCUUUUAACUACUGGUCUUGGAAGUAUAUUAGUCUACAGUGGGAAACCAGGUGACAUGAAACGUGAAGCAAGUAUCCAAGCUCACCCAGUCAACGCAAUGUGUCUUCAAUUUUCACCAACAGGUCAUCAAUUUGCUGUUGGUAGUGCGGAUGCUCUAGUGUCCAUUUGGGAUGCAGAUGAAUUUGUUUGCCUACGUACAUUAUCUCGCUUAGAAUGGCCAGUACGCACUUUGGGAUUCUCUUAUGAUGGAAAGUUAAUCGCCGCAGCUAGCGAAGAUCAUUUCAUUGAUAUUGGCCAUGUACAAACAGGUGAACAAGUCUAUCAAGUUGGAACACAUGCAUCGGCUACAUUUGUACUUGCUUGGCAUCCUCGACAGUAUUUGUUGAGUUAUUCAAGUGAAGCGAAAUACGAACGAGAUCAAGGUGUUAUUCGAUUAUUUGGUUUAGUGAAUGAUGAUUUAUAA